AUGCGAGUCCCUCGUGAAUUCUCGCUGGCCAUCUUGUGUGUCUACCUUCAUGAUAUUUAUGCUGCCACUUUAUCUCAAAGUAGCGGCAAGUUUGCUCGCGAUAAGAGAUAUUUGGUGUACCCGCCGCCUAGGGACCCCUAUGCAGCGACGAGAGUUCAGUUAAUCCUCGGCCUCGGUUUACCUAUGGAAGUUGACGUCAGCAUGAUUAUCGGCUAUGUGAUGAAAUUUAAUUACGCCCUGCCCUAUAACGCCUCGUACUUGACGGAUCCAUAUGUCCGCUAUGACAGAUCGAUCAGUCGUCGUGUCGAGUCUGAUGAUGGGAAUGACGCUUCUACGUCAAAUGCGAAAGCUCUGAUAUCGAGAUGGGAAUUCUACGAAAUCCUCGAGUCGAUCUUCGAGUCUACGCGCUCGGGCAAAGCCUGUCUCUUAAAAAGCAUUUGCGAGGCCGCGGCGGUGCCUUUCGGCCAGAGGAGUCACACUCUGACUGCACAACUCGCUCAUAUUUUCCUCACGCCUUCCACCACAUCUGAAUCAUACGGGAGUGUCUUUGAUCAAGAAUAUCACGCCGCAGAAAUCGCAGGACAACGAGAUCCCAGCAACUGCGACAACUUAUAUCCCGAAUGCGCGGAAAGCCUCUUGGAUUAUUUCACCGAAAUCUAUUAA